GCGAAUGGGUGCUCUAUCGACUGGGGCUCUACCUGUAACUUAUCAGCUGUAUUGUUUGUUAUUAUUCUAGUGCAAUUAGCCCAUGUUUGGCAACCGAUUCUACAUGAUUUCACCAAAUUUCCUCUGCUUCUGGGGUAUUUGUUUUUGACUAUCGUCGUAUACACCUGACAAACAAGUAUGGGAGAAGUACCUGAAAAGUCAGAUAAGGAUGUGAAAUCACUUCCACAAUGCAAUAGGCGAAGACAAGAAAUCAUCCACUUAAAAGUCUUGGUGCCAUCGGUAGCAGUCGGCGCUAUUAUUGGCAAAGGAGGAGAGUCCAUUGCGAAGAUACAGAAAGAAACUGGCGCAAGGAUUAAAUUAUCGAAAGUAAAUGAUUUGUAUCCCGGGACUGAAGAAAGAGUUUGUCUGAUUCAAGGGACCUUAGAGGGUGUAACCCGCAUGCACAAUUACAUUAUGGAUCGUGUUCUGGAAAAACCAGAAUGUUCUGGUACUGCUGCAUCAUGUGUCACCAAUAAUACUAUUUCAACUUCGCGUUCUGAAAGUGUUGCUAUCAGUUCUACUACUCAGGGUGACUCGAGUAGCAAUAUGCCACACUUGCAGAAGGGGUCUACUUGGUCUCAUAGCUUAGAACUCUCAGGCAGUCGUUUACCAUGGGGUCGACAUAAACAGGUUAAGAUCUUGGUUCCAAACUGCACUGCGGGUCUUGUAAUUGGGAAAUUGGGUAGUUAUGUCCGAGAGAUAAAGGACAGAACGGGGGCCUUUAUACAGAUUUCACAGAAGUCUGUUGAAAUCAAUUUAUUGGAGCGCUGUAUAACUAUUGCAGGUGAACCAGAGCAGUGUCGUGCAGCUGUAGAUUUAGUUUUAGCCAAAAUAGCCGAGGACCCCCAAUCAGCCAUCUACCCUGCCAUUUCUUACUCACAUGUACGUGGUCCUGUAGCGAGCGCUUAUCCAACUGGAUCUCCUUUUGCAAUUAUGCCAUCUGUUCGAUUCGAUACAAGCCAAGGUUCGCACUUACGCUUACCUCCUGGUCGUGGUGCUUCUUGUGGUAACAUCGAAGGAUGGGAUGAUAACGUACCAAGUGGUGUUGGUUUUUCAGCCGUUGCUAAUCCUUUUGGAUCGUCUCUUUUUCAUGCUGCGUUACUCCAGGUCCAAGCCGCGGCUCUGGCGGCAAAUUUAAAUACCACCGGUUACUACCCAACUCUGCCAUCUGUGGAUAUGGCUCCAACUAAUAUGCCCACCUUGUUUACUCAUGGACUAUCUACAAAUAUUGGGUACGGACCACCUGAAGAUGCCACUGUACUACCACCAGCUUUGCCAGACUAUGGGCAAGGAUUCUGUCCAGCUACACCUACUGGUAAUGUUCCUCUAUUAGGUAGUGGAGGGGGUGCAAGUGGAGGCGGUUCUAAUACCGGCGGAGGGAGUGGCGGACACGGAAGCACUUUAUUGCAAGAGAGUAUUUGGCCCAUUGGUGAUUCUCAAAUUCAGACACCCACAUGUUUUGAUGCAGCUUAUCCGGGACCCUUAAAUUUCGCUAUUUAUCCAACGAAUCAAUCACUUUUAACUGCAAUGGCUUCUAGACACCCCAGUGAAUCAUAUCCAUCUCAUCCAGAUAUAUUCGCACCAUCUAGUCCAUACAUGACUGGUAUAUCUCAGCCAUCAUUCACGAUUCCGUAUAGUACUUCACCAUCAAUAAUGGGUGGUAAUGGUGGGAAUCUUGUUGGUGUUCCUCAAAUAGACCCAGGAAGUCCUCACCUUGCUACACUUUACCCCGGCAUUUCUCCUUCUUUGUGUUUAUCUCAACCUUUUCCUGUUGUUAGUUCGGAAAUGGAUGUAAAAGUUGCACCGAUUAGACAACAACCACCGACAUUGAAUGAAUUAUUGGGAUCAUUGCGUUUGGGUUGUAAAACUGAAGAUGUAGUGUCUGAGAUCAACCAAACAUUCUCAACUCUUACACAUCAUGGAUAUCUGAAUAUGGCUGGGUCAGGACCAUUUCCCCUGAUAUCACCUGCAGGUUCUCAACCAGCUAGUUAUAUAGCACCUCUUCUUGCUACGCAUUUACCGUCACCAACUGCAGAAAGUAGACCAAGUGUAAUUUUACCAGAAGAUAAUUCGACCAACUGGUUUGUCGGGGUUCGUUCAUCUACUGUUCCGGAUACUAGUUUCAUGAGAACUUCCAAACAUACACCUUCACAUUCAGAAUCUACUAAUGUUUAUUCACAUAAUCAAAGUUUGGGUGUUCCUGCGAAACAAAAUCAAUCAUAUUCAGAGUUAGUCUCAGGCCAUGAACAUCAUCCUGAUCAAUCGUUAUGUUCACAGUCCUCUGGGUGUAUUCCUACUAAAGAAGAAAACGUAAUACACACAUUCCCUUCCAAAUCACAUGAUGCACCGUUUUGUGAAUUCAGUGUGUCAUCAUCAGCCACUGUUGAUGUUGGUAUGUUUUUAUAUGUGCACAAUUUGAAAUAUUUUUAGUGUUUUCAAAAUAUUUAAUUGGUUGUUCCGGUUUCGAACUAACUGGAUAAUGAAUCCAGUUCGAAAAAAAAUUGUAAUAGACAUUGCUUACUUCAAUAGCAGGUUUUAGAAUUUUAUGGAAAGUGCUAUGCAAGCAUGGUAGUUGUUAAGUCUUGAUGGACUUAUCCGAAAACUUUCUGAUCACCAGGUUUUUCAGUCUUCGUGAAAAGAAUUGUAAGUGCAAUACUGUACGCUGAAUAUCCCAGAAUAAGGUUGACAGUUGUUAUUAUGGGGGGAAUGCACACAACUUCAGUAUUUAUAAAGAGGGCUUCUCGAUAAGAUGUGUUUGCCACUCAUAGCAUCCUGUUAGUGCAGUUAUUGGUGUCUGAUACACCCAUUUUACCAGUAGCUAAUUGCAGUAUAACCCAUUUCAAUCCAAGCUCGAUUUGUACAUGAUGUGCAGAUUUUGAAUCAGGUUUAUACCAAAUAUAUUGGACUACAAUAAGUUAUAAUCCAUUGAAAUCUGCAUAGAAUCGUCUCAAUUUCGUGACAAACCUUCCUGUCUACUAUCAUGUCCCAUUUAUGAACUAUUUUUUGUAGAUUCUUACCACAAUUAACCCUAUUAUUCCUACCCCGUUGUCUCUUGCCUUGACCUUUGUGUAGUGAUAUGAGGUUGUAACAAUUCUUACUGCUUCAUAUAUAUACCUGACUCUGUUUUAUCAUCAUUGGAAAUGUAUUCAAUAGACGUUUGUUAAAAUUUGUUUGUAUUGACUGCAUUUUACCUAAAAUCUUUUUAGGUGACGACCCCGUGGCAUCUACCACUCUUACUGAAGUUAGUAAAAAACAACCUCUAUCCAGUUCUAAAGACAUUGUUUGUUGUUGUAGUUGUUCUGUUGUUGGUGAUAGCUCAGCCAGUAUCCAUACAACUUCUUCAAGUCCUUCAUUGGGAUCAUGUACUUGUUCGAGUAAAUUAAAUUUCAAUGAUUCAUCAACAGGAUGUCAGCAAUCAGAACCUGUAGUAACUGAUUCUCCCUCAACCAAAAGUAAUAUUCCACAAGGAGGCAAAAUGUCUUCCGGUAAUGAACAAAAUACAUCACCGUCACAUCAAAUUAAAACGGAUAGUUAAUCAUAUCGUAGUGUCAUGACCAAAUGCAUCUAGUGGAUUAGCUAGCUAAUUUGCUUGACGUAUCUUUAAAAUAGUAUACACAAUUGGGGUAAUCUGCAAAUUAUAUGGACAACUCGCUCAGACACUUGUUUUGUAUCGACGAUUAUCUUUGCAGAAUAAUCAGAAAUUAAAUUUGACGAUAUACGAAUGUAGUUUUUGGAUGUUGAAGUUAUGAAUGUAUUGCACUAUAUACAGUAGUCUUCGAUUGUCAAGUGCUAUCAGCAGAGAUAUUGUCACAAUUUUAUAUCAUACUUCCCCGCUCACUUGUUGCAGAUCGUAGCUUCAAAUAAAAACUUGGAAAAUUGUUAACAGAUUGAAAGAUGUGAGCCCUAAUACAUCCUGUUUUACUCCUCUGCUUAAUGUAUUCAUAUUUAUAUAUCCUGUAUACAAGUUCAGUUUUAUCUUUAACUUAAUAUCGCAUAGAUACUUCGCCCGGUGUCUUCGAAAUCCUUGUAUCCUGAUUUCUCUAUUUUUGUGUCCAUACUUUUCCAGCACGUAUCUUAUGUACAGAUAACUUUUGUUCUCUAAACAUUAUUCGGACAAAAUUUUAUCGUUGCCCAAACUCUUCACUAGGUACGUCCACGCCACUAGAGCAAUGGAAAAGAUAAUGAUUCUAGAUGAUUUUUGUAAAUUAAAACCAGAUCUAUCUUUUAUUUGUCUCAUUUGUUUUUCUUCUAGUAGAAAUAUCUUACGUUUUUUUGACAAUUACUAUCUACUGAGGUUAGUUUCAUCACCAAUACUUCUGUCUAGGUUAUUUUUAACUAGUUGUUGUGAAAUGUACCAUGCGCGAAUGCUUAGAAUGACUAUUUCUGUGAUUAGUUAUAUUCCAAUUUUUAGAUAGAAAGUCCUAGUGGCCUUAACUUCGUGCAUCAUAAAUUGUUUUGCGAGAGGCAGGGCUUUCCUGAUGAAUAUUUUGGGCAGAUUUGUUGUUCGUAUAUAGUAGCUUAUUAAUAGAAAUUCCUAAACUCGUCUGUUGGAUCUAUGUAUGAUAAUUGUUUAGUUAAUAUUUGCCGUUAUGUCUUUAUCAAGUUAUCGCUUUUCCUCUCCCUUUUGAGUUUAUUUAUUAGCGCCUCGCGUCGCUAGUCCGUGUUAUGUAUCUUUCAUUUCCGAUUUAUUGCAUUUUGUUUUGAUUAGUGUAACGAAUUUUUGUGAUAAGCAUAUGUAUCAAUUUCUUGGUAAUCUUUUUUCGCCAUCAACAAUUAAUAUAUCAACUAUCUUAUAAUCUUAGUAACCAACAUUACUACUGAUAAUAAUUCAUUUCCUUAUUAUUUAUAUUUACAAAUAUCUCAAUUAUGUUGUUUUUUCUUUAAAGAUUUAAUUGAAGAGAUUUACUUAAUUUUACCACACACAAAAGCAUCGCAGCAAUAAUUAUUCUUUCGUCGUGGUUCAUUCUGUUAACUUACUGUAUUAGCUGCUCCGUACCUCGCAGCUCAUUUCCUCGUUUCUGUAGAAAAGUAACUUAUUUUCCUACUUAUUUAAAUGUACGCAUACAGAUCAACUACUAAAGUUAUUAUUAAGACAAUUUGUUUUAAGAUAAUAUUACUUUGUUGUCAGUUCUUAUGUAUAACAAAGAAUAUGUGUAGUUUAUAAGCCUAACAUACUUCUUUGUAUUUUGACUUUGUCACAACCCUUUGUUAUUAAAAAACUUAUGGGUAAAAGGAACAUGUAUAUCACACAAUGGAAUGUUGCCCUUUUUUGUGUUCUUACUGUGUAUAUUGAACACUGCUUCACCUUUCUUUCCGCUCAGGCUAUUUUUACUCUAGAUUGUGGUAUUUUUGUGCCUAGGGAAUUGUUUCAUUUAUCAUCUUCUGGCUGUGAAUUAAUCAAGCGCCCUAAUGUACGUCUGUUAUAAAGAUAAAUAUAGAUAGAUCAG